AGAAGAAAGAGAGCUGGCUGAAGGCAGGGGUGGCGUAGCUAAGUAGCAGGCGGUGCAGGCUUUUGAAGAAUCCAGCACUGGGGAAAGAUGGCAUCUGUGUUCCAGAGUGUGGGAUCACGCAUCGGCUGGCGGAGCCAUCAGGUUCUGUCUGACUUUGAGGAGAGUCCUGUGCCAGAUCGAUUCAGGAAGAAGACUUCUCUCAACAUGAAUAGUGUGCGGAUGUCUCUCCAGAAGAGAAUGCCUUUAAAAGAAGUAGAGAUGAAUUUCAACGAGAAUCCAACGUGGGAGAGCCUGGAGGCUAAGGAGAAAAACCCAAACCUCCGGGUGCUUACAAGAACAGCCAAAAAUGUAUUUGGAACAAUGUCACAGAAAAUGCAAAGGAGCUGCCGAGGUCCCACUCGUGCUCUGGCCGCUUCUGUAGCCAAGGGCCCCAGAGCCAAGAACAGAGGCUCCACUAAAACUCCAAACUUCUCUCCCCGGACCCCUCGUCGAAACAAUAAGAAGCUGGCCUCCACCUCGACACCAACAUCCAGCACUAGGAUUGUGUCCCCUCCCAGCAAGGGUCCUGGGUCCUGUCAGCGUACACACCUCCUGCCUCUCCGCAGAUCCAUGAGGGCUGCAGCCUUGAAAAGCCCCUACGGUUCUCCAGUUUCUCUUGCUGCAAGAAGGCAGCUUGAUUGUGAUUUGGAGCUGGUCUCCACGGGCAUUCGCCAACUGAAGCGCCUCUCUCGGGCUUUCAACGACAUCAUCGUUCAAGAAGAGAGAGAUCAAGCAAUCCUAAACUAUUAUGAAAUUAUGGCACAGAACAUCCGGGCAGUGCAAUUGCAGUCUGGAAGCCUGGGUCAAUGUCUUCGGAGGCACGCAGGGAGAGUGCGGUGGACAUUCAACACCUGGGCUGAUAAUAAUUUCAAAUAGUAUUAAUCUGGAAGCGUUUGCAGGAUGGACGUUUGCAUCUGUUUUUAAUAAGCUUUUAAAAUCUACACUGAAUCAACUCUACUUCAAAUAAGCUUGUGUCGUAAAAUGCUAACUUAUAAGAGACCUCACUUGUCCUUCUUAUAGACUUUAUGUAUGCAAGUUUCUAUGCUGAAAUUAACCCUAUUUAUAACCUUAAGCCAAACUGCAGUUGCAUUUGGGGCCUCAUUCAUUGUUACAGAGUCUUAGCAGCUUUUUAAUAACCUUUAAUCUAUGCGUUCUUUCAGCAUUUUAUUCUCAUUAUGCUGUGUUGAAUGAGUUGUUGGAACUGUGUGCCCUGCAAGAGCUGCAAGGAAAAGUACAACAUGUAGUAUGGAAUUCAGCUUUCUCAGAACAUUUGAUUUAAUUAAAAAAAUACAACAUGAAGGCUCAAGUUCUUACCGCCAAAAAUAUGUCUAGAGCAGUGUUUCUCCACCUUGGAAAGAUGUGUGGACUUCAACUCCCAGAAUUCCCCAGCCAGCAUGGUCUAGAGGAUUAUUGAUAACAUACUUAAUAUCUCGGGGUUUCUUCAGAAACCCCCAGAUCCAAGAUCAACUCCCCACACGAGUUCUGUGGCCAGUUCUGGGCACCAGAUUUUAAGAAGCCAUCAGAGAAAAAGGAACAGAUUAGGGUUGACUAGGCCUUAAGAGGAACAUCAGGAUACCAAGCCAAGAAAAGAGAACAAUAUGAUGGCCCUUUUUAAUAUCUGAAAGAAAGUCACACAGAAGGAACAGAUAAUUUUGUUCCUUCCUCCCCUGUGGUAGCUGAGGAAAAUCCCUAUCCUGAAGUUACUCUGCAUUAGACAUAAAUCACCCCUUGGUACAAAUAAACCAAGGCAGGUUCAUUGGUAUCAGUAAUAAUCAGUAAUAAAUCAAGGGCAGGGGGAUGAAAGACUUAGUGUUUCUCUUGUUCUGUGGUUCUGCAUUGUGCAUCUAAAAAAAAAGCUGUACUAAAUGCAAAGACAUAUUGAAUGCCACUUCUACAUUUCUCCAGAUUAAAAAAAGUUAUUUGGAUUGAGCUAGGCCAGGUGUACAGAAAUCUGUUUUUAUUUUUUCCAGUGGAGGGCUGCAUUUUCUCAGGAGGAGACUAACUUUGUAGGCUGCACUGGAGUGUGAAUUUUUCUAGUAGGAUGUUGGGGGAUUGAACUGAUGGGGGGGGGGGGUGUUGCAUGUCAAAAAAGUCAAGUUGGCCUGAACUGCAUGAUCAAAGCUGUAUCUUUAUAUGGGCGCUUCCGUGAGCCUACCAUCUUAACUCUUUUGACUGCCCCCUGUAAAAAUCCCUGAUUAACUGCUUUGAGAAUUAAAUGAAGAGCCGCAAAUUUGCCACUGAGUUAUGUCUUUUCCUACUUUUCAGCUGAAUGUCUUUUUUUACAUGAUUAAUUACUAGUUAGUCAAGCUUUAUAAAUGAAGUACACCGUGAUCCAUGUAAUGGACAUCCUACGUAAGCCUUAUGUCUUCUAUUUUCAGCCCUAUUUCCUGAUGUAUCUUGAUGAUU